AAACAUCAAGACUACAUACAGAUCGCACACGACCGGUGCGAAAAGAGAUCGAAUCGAACCGAAGCCGAAGUGAGGAGAGCGGCGAGCCCCCGUCGCCGGCGAUGGGCAAGCCGACGCUGCCACCCGUCGUUGUCGUCGUCGUCCUCCUCCUCCUCGUCGUCGUGCUGCCGGCGACGACUUGCGGGGCGGACGCGGGCGGCGGAGGGGAGGCGGAGGAGUUCCAGAUCCCCCGGGACGGGAGGGUGCUGGAGCUGGACGACGGCAACUUCGACGCGGCGGUUCGCGCCGCCGGCCUCCUCUUCGUCGACUUCUACGCGCCAUGGUGCGGCCACUGCAAGCGCCUCGCCCCUCAGUUAGAUGAAGCUGCUCCGGUGCUGGCUGGAUUGAGCACACCCAUCGUAGUUGCUAAGGUGAAUGCCGACAAAUACAAAAAGCUCGGAUCAAAAUAUGGAGUAGAUGGGUUCCCCACUCUGAUGCUCUUUGACCACGGAACCCCAACAGAGUACACUGGUUCAAGGAAGGCCGAUUUGCUCGUUGAGAACCUUAAGAAGCUUGUUGCGCCUGAUGUUUCUGUUCUCGAAUCGGACUCAGCGAUCAAAAGCUUCGUUGAGGAUGCUGGCAUGGGUUUUCCAUUGUUUCUCGGGUUUGGGGUGGAUGAAUCCUUGAUUGUUGAGUAUGGAGCGAAGUACAAGAACAGGGCCUGGUUUUCUGUAGCAAAGGAUUUCUCUGAAGAUAUGAUGGUCUUUUAUGAUUUCGACAAGGUCCCUGCAUUGGUUUCUGUUAACCCAAAGUAUCGUGAGCAGAGCAUUUUCUAUGGCCCUUUUGAUGAUGGAGCCUUCUUGGAAGAUUUUAUACGGAAUUCCCUUCUGCCUUUAGUUGUGCCCAUGAACAGAGAGACUGUCAAGAUGUUGAAUGAUGAUGGGAGGAAAGUAGUUCUUAUGAUUUUACAGGAUGAUGAAUCCGAUGAAAAUUCCCCACGGCUGAUAAAAGUAUUGAGGUCUGCAGCCAGUGCAAACCGUGAUCUAGUGUUUGGUUAUGUAGGAGUCAACCAGUGGGAGGAAUUCACUGAGACUUUUGAUGUUAAGAGCUCAGAGCUGCCAACGAUGAUAGUCUGGGACAAAAAAGAGGAGUAUGAAAUAGUUGAGGGUUCAGAAAGGCUUGAAGAAGGUGACUAUGGGUCCCAGAUUAGCCGUUUCCUUGAGGGAUACAGGGCAGGAAGAACAAUAAAGAAGAAAGUGGGCGAUCGAUCCCCGACCCUGCUUGGUGUGAAUGCGGUGUACAUUCUCGUCUUUCUGGUUGCUGUUCUUGUUCUUCUCAUGUAUUUCUCUGGGCAAGGCGAGGAAGAUCAACGACCAAGACAACGAGCCCAUGAAGAUUGAAGAUGUACAAUAGUGUCAUUCUUGAAAGAUUAAAAGGUCCAAUGAGUUCCUGCGUCUGGUCUGCAGUAGAUGGCUCUUGUGACUCAGAGAGGGGGGUAGCGCGGCAGGGAUUCAGAUUGGGUGACAUAGCAUAGGCAUGUCACAAGGUGACAGCGUAGAUCUCAGCCCUCCAAACCAAAUCCAACGGCUGAGAUUCAUCCACGUCAUCGCGAGUUAAUUUAACUCAUAGGAGUAAAAAUUUUACUGGGAGUAAAAUUUCAGGAGUUAAAAUUUUACUGGAGUUAAAUUUUAACUCGUGAUGACGUGGACGAAUCUCAGCCGUUGGAUUUGGUUUGGAGGGCUGAGAGCAAGGAUAAUGGUGAGCUAAGCAAGCUAUAUACUUAUGUGGAAGAGAGAGAUAAAGAAAAGUAGGGAGUGUUGACUCUCAUGCAAGAGCUAGCUCCACACAAGCUCCAAGAAAUAGGUAUUAAAUUCAUAGUGAGAUAAAGAGAGAGGAUGAAAAAAUAAAGCCAACCUUAUAGCUAACCUAUUAUACAUGUUAGCUUUAACAUUGGCUUAUAGUAAGUAGUGGGCUGUACUACUAAACCUGCUCUGAGAUCUACGCUAUGUCACACUGUGGCAUGCCUAUACUAUGUCAUCCAAUCUGAAUCCGUGCGGCAGAUAGAAUGUUUUCUGAUUUUCAUGGCAUUUAUCUCUGGAGGGUUUCAUCCCAGCAUCUGUCCUGAUAUCUAAUUGUGCCACUUGUCAGUUAUCAACCCCUCACAUUUUUUUUCUUAUUGUGAAGAGAAUAGCUUAUGGAUAUUGUUUUACUUCCA